ACUUAUCGUACAAACUCAUUCUCCGCAUCUCUGCUCCCCAUUCGUACAAUGGACGCCGUCGUGGAGAAAAGAGAGGUCCGUCUGAAAAUUCAAGAUGUGGACAUUCCUGACAUUCAUUUCGGACACUAUUUCCGAUCUGCCUGCCACGAAUUCCAGGACCGGACAGCACUGAUCGACGGGACCACGGACGACCGCUGGAGUUAUGCACAACUUCUCGAGCUUUCGUCCCGAGUGGCAGCGGGUCUCCAAAAGUUGGCCUUUGAGCCGGGUCAGAUGGCCGGCCUGCACUGCGACGUCACUCCGGACAUGGUGUUUGCCUUCUACGGGGCUGUCCUGGCUGGCGGCAGUGUGAUUCUCGCAAGGUCAAAACUUACGAAAAGAGAACUUGGCUAUCAGUUUGGAGACGCCUGCCCCAGUCUUGUAUUUUGUGACGAAGCUAAUGCCGACAAGGUAAAGGCAGUCUGCGAAACCUUGCCAUGUGUGAAGACGUUGGUGGUCUUCGGCACGCGAGAAAACAUGGUACCCUUCGCGGCACUCAAGGCCACGCCCCUGCGCGAGCUUCGACCGGUGCCCAGCGCGGGUCCAGAUCAGCUUGUGGCGCUGAUCUACUCCAGUGGCACAACUGGACUUCCGAAAGGCGUUAUGCUUUCCAGCAAAAAUCUCAUAGCGAAUGUCUGCAUCGCAAGUGACCCUAGGAUUCGUUCAUUUGGCAAGGACGACAUUAUCUUGGGAACUUCACCCCUGACCCAUGUAUCAGGACUCUCCAUGUUCAACAUCACGUUUGGUAGCGGAGCUUGUGUUGUCCUGAUUCCGGGAUCCGAGCCUACCAAUACUCUACCAGCCGUCGAUAAAUACAAGGCAACUUUGCUGUUUCAGUUUCCGACGUACAUCCAAAAGCUGGUGCAGAGUCCGCUUUUGGAGAAGUACGACGUGAGCAGUCUUCGUAUUCUCUACUUCGGCGGUAGUUCAAUGCCAUCUGUUGUCGCGCGCGCAGUAAGAUCCAAGCUAGGCACCACAUCCCUUAAGCAAGCGUAUGGACUGACCGAAGUCUCUGGGACGAUAGCACUCACUCCACCCCACUGCGAAGACACCGAAAGUAUCGGGAGACCUCUCCCCAUGACGCGGAUGAUAGUGGUGGACGUGAACACGGGCAUGAAGCUUGGACCCCGUGAGCACGGAGAGAUUCGCGUAAAAGGACCGACCUGCGUGAGCGGAUACUUCAAAAAUCCAGAAGCCACCGCCAAGCUGUAUGACUCGGAAGGGUUUCUUCUCACGGGAGACGUCGGUUAUUACACCGAAAACGGAAUGUUCUACGUCGUGGACCGCAUGAAAGAGAUGAUCAAGUGCAUGGACCAGCAGGUGGCACCUGCUGAGCUGGAGGACCUCCUCCUCAAGCACGAAGACGUCAAGGAAGUCUCCGUGGCCGGCAUUCCUCACCCGGAGCAUGGCGAAGCAGCGCGGGCCUUCGUCGUUCUCUUCAACGGUUCUUCCGGGGACGAGACCCUCAAAACGAGGCUUCUCAAGCUUGUUGCGGACGAAUCUUCUCCCCACAAGCACUUGCACGGAGGGCUGGAAUUUGUGCCCAGCAUCCCCAAGUCGGACACCGGCAAGAACCUCAGGAGAGCCUUGAGGGACGCCUUUGUGAAAAAUUCCGUUCAAGAAUGAAUCUGACAGUUCAAUCACCUAUUGCAUGAAAGACACUUAUAAAACAUUUCACUCGUGUCGCUCUCACGAUAGUGUACGGUGAGAAAUCGUUACAGGCCUCUAGCAUGAAAAUAAUUGGUCGUUUUCAUCGGUUCAGUUUUCUAAACCAUAGCGUGUUUAUAUCAUGAUCAUUAGCAUCGUAUACGUUAGUGACUCACGUAUGCAGCUGUAUGUGUUCUUCUGCUUAAUAAAUAAUGGAUUAAUUAA